AUGUGUAAAAAGGCGGUUGAAUCAUUUGCCACGAAAAAUGUCACACAAUGUGGGAAUAUCACAUGCUACAACAAAGCAAUAUGUUCUCAAGACGGAAAAGCGUGUCAAUGCAGUCGCGGUUAUAAGGGUCACAAUUGUCAAGACGAUUUCAAUGAAUGCGAAAAGGGAAGUCCAUGCUACCAUCGCGGCUUUUGUGAAAAUACAUUUGGCAGUUGGAAAUGUUACUGUUUAAAAGGCUGGGUGAAUGGUCCAUUGAACCACUGCGAAAUUAAAAAGACCAGCAAUGAUAGAAAAUGCAUCACAGGAUGGUUCGGAAAUUUAUGUGAAAACAAUUGUCAGAAUGAUUCUUCGUGCGGACAGAAUCAAGUAUGCGAAAAACAUGGCCGUGGGAAUAUUUGUGUGUGUAAAAAUGGGUUUGAAGAAAUCAAAUGUAACAAGGAAGUCACCAAUUGCAAUGGAAGUCACUGUAGAGGUUUAACUGAAUGCCAACACACCAAGCGUUUAUCCAUAUGUAUUUGUCCUGUCGGUCGUCAAGGUCAAUCCUGUUCUGAUGACGUAAAUGAAUGUCUUGAAAAUCCAUGCAAGAACUCUGGAGCAUGUAUAAAUACAAAUGGAUCGUACUCUUGUAACUGCACAAAAGGAUGGACGGGCAGCAAUUGUGAGGAAGAUGUUGAUGAAUGUUCAAGUCAGCCAUGUGACGCUUCCUUGGUUUGUCAUAAUAAACAUGGAUCGUUUUCUUGCGAUGUUCCCAAGAGGGUUGAUAUCUCUGGUAUAGGUACAGGAGAAAUAGUUGUGGCAAGUCUGGGUGGACUACUAUUAUUACUUCUUCUUAUCCUUUUGAUUAUCACAUUGAGAAAAAAAUGCAAAGACAAGCACGGAAAACGCAAAAAAGAAACUGCAGUUCUUCCUGAGAAACACAGAAAUGCGACAGGACAGUUUGGUGCCCCAAGAGCAGUGCGAGAGGGAUUCGUGUACCAGCACGACAAGCCUGUCAUAGGAAGACAAACCGGCGUCACCUGCCAGGAGGAUGUGAACGAAUGUGAAGUUGGUUCCCCGUGCUACCAUAGAGGACAUUGCCGCAAUACAUUUGGAAGCUGGGACUCCAUGUGUGGACGGAACCAAAACUGUAGAAGAAGAGGUAAAGGUUUAAAAUGUAUGUGUACAACUGGCUGGGAAGGGGAAAAUUGCAUCAAAGAUGUCAAUGAGUGUACAAAAAAUCCAUGCAAAGAUCGCCAGGUUUGCUCUAAUACUGAAGGAUCUUUUACGUGCGCAUGUGAAGACGGAAGAAAGAAACUGAUGUUGGUUAUAGCAGCAAGUGUUGGCUCGUUUUUGUUUCUGCUCUUUCUUGCUUACGUCAUUUACGCAGCAAAAAAGAAAUGUAAAAGAAAGGUCGGUCAAAAUCAAGAUCAAGUACUAGAUGCACGGGUAGAACAGAGAGAGGAAAUAAGUGUUUCUCACGUGACAAGACUUGGUUUUGUGUAUCCAAAAGACAAACCAGCGGUUAACGCUCAAGGAAGUAUUUGCCACAGCGAAUGUCAUGCAAUGUGGGAAUAUCACAUGCUACAACAAAGCAAUGUUCUUCAGACGGAAAAACGUGUCAGUGCAGUCGCGGUUAUAAGGUGUUACUGUUUACCAGGCUGGGCGAAUGGUCCAUUGAACCACUGCGAAAUUAAAAAUACCAUGAAUAAUAGAAAAUGUAUCACAGGAUGGUUCGGAAAUGUAUGUGAAAACAAUUGUCAGAAUGAUUCUUCGUGCGGACAGAAUCAAGUAUGCAAAAGACACGGCCGUGGGCAUAUUUGUGUGUGUAAAGAUGUGUUUGAAGAAAUCAAAUGCAAUAAGGAAGUCAGGGCUUGCAAUGGAAGUCACUGUAGAGGUUUAACUGAAUGCCAAAACACCAAGCGUUUAUCCAUAUGCAUUUGUCCUGUCGGUCGUCAAGGUCCAUCCUGUUCUGAUGACGUAAAUGAAUGCCUUGAAAAUCCAUGCAAGAAUUCUGGAGCAUGUUUAAAUACAAAUGGAUCCUACUCUUGUAACUGCACAAAAGGAUGGACGGGCAGCAAUUGUGAGGAAGAUGUUGAUGAAUGUUCAUGUCAGCCAUGUGAAGCUUCCUUGGUUUGUCAUAACAAACAUGGAUCGUUUUCUUGCGAUGUUCCCAAGAACGUUGAUAUUAAUGGGAUAAAUACAGGAGAAAUAGUUGGGGCAAGCCUGGGUGGACUACUGUUAUUACUUCUUAUCCUUUUGAUUAUCACAAUGAGAGAAAAAUGGUGUUAUUGUUUACAAGGCUGGGAAAAUGGCCCAUUGAAACAUUGUGAGGAGAAAACCAGCAGUGAUAGAAAAUGUAUCACAGGAUGGUUCGGCGACUUAUGUGAAAACAAUUGUCAUAAUGAUUCUUCGUGCGGACAGAAUCAAGUAUGUAAGAAAUAUGGACGUGGGAAUAUUUGUGUGUGUAAAGAUGGGUUUGAAGAAAUCAAAUGCAACAAGGAAGUCACCAAUUGCAAUGGAAGUCACUGUAGAGGUUUAACUGAAUGCCAAAACACCAAGCGUUUAUCCAUAUGUAUUUGUCCUGUCGGUCGUCGAGGUCCAUCCUGUUCUGAUGACGUAAAUGAAUGCCUUGAAAAUCCAUGCAAGAAUUCUGGAGCAUGUAUAAAUACAAAUGGAUCCCACUCUUGUAACUGCACAAAAGAAUGGACGGGCAACAAUUGUGAGGAAGAUGUUGAUGAAUGUUCAAGUCAGCCAUGUGAAGCUUCCUUGGCAGUAAACCUUCAGACCGCCGCACCGAAUGUGACGCAGUGUGGCGAUUUUACCUGUUUACAUAACUCCAUGUGUUCUGAUGAUGGAACAAAAUGUCAAUGUCACCGUGGAUACACAGGUAUUAAUUGUGAACAGGAUUUAGACAAAUGCGAAUAUGGAGGAGACCCGUGUUUCCACAGAGGAUAUUGUCACAAUACAGUUGGAAGUUACAGAUGUACUUGUGUAAAAGGAUGGGAAAAUGGCAAGGACAUUCAUUGCGAAAUCCCAAAUAUAUUAGAUGAGCAUUUAAGAAACUGUGUUCCGGGGUGGAUUGGUGACAAAUGCCAGCAUCAAUGUCUAAACAGUACCAUGUGCGAACUGACCCAAAUAUGCAAGAGACAUGGCAGAGGAAAUCAAUGCUUGUGUAAACAUGAAUUCGUUAAAGUCUGCAAGACAAACGAAAAUGAUUGCAAACGAAACAAGAUUGGUUCUUUUGUAUGCACAUGUCCUACCGGAUGGCAAGGUCCUACAUGUUCUGACGAUAUUGAUGAAUGUUCGAAAAAUCCGUGCAAGAAUUCAGGUGUUUGCACAAAUACAAAAGGGUCAUAUUCGUGUACAUGUGACAAUGGAUGGGCGGGUAAACAUUGCGGGGAGGAUAUAGAUGAGUGCGCUAAUCAACCGUGUAAUGAUUCCUUGAUUUGCCAUAAUAAGCCAGGCACGUUUUCUUGCGAUGCCCCAUUUGAAACAAAACGAGUUGACCUAGGUGAACUGAGCAUGAGUGAGAUUAUGGUCAUAUGUCUUGGUGCAUUAUUGUUUCUUCUCCUUAUGAUUUGCGUCGUUAUCACCAUAAGGAAUAGAUGUAAACAGAAGAAAGGAAAUCGCAAGAGAGGUGUGGCUGUACUACCAGAAAAAAGAAAAAUUUCGACAAAAGAUAUUAGACCCCACCAAGUUGUCCGUGAGGGCUUUGUGCACAAGCAAAAUAAACCUGCUGUUCAGAGACAAGUUCUUGACUUUUAAAAAAACAUUUUAGUUUUGUUUUAUAUAUAUCGUGUAAUAUUUUUGUUAAAUAAACUAAACUAUAUAGUCUUUGCUACCAGAUUUGAGUCGGGCUUGCUAGCGCUUUCAAGUCUGGAAAAAUUGCCUUGCACGAUUGGAACUAUUAUUUUGUACGCUAUUGGUGGUAGACAAAAAUGAAAUUGUUUAUCGUACCAUACCUUAGAUUGAUAAUGGACUCUUUCAGAAUGUAAUUUGGACAAGUCCAGUAAGUAAAUUCAGUAGGGUAUGAAUUAUUAUAUCGUCUAAAUUUAUCGCUUAGUUUUAUUUUAUGAUUUAGUAAUGUCAGAAAUCUUAUAUAAAAUAUUUUCUCAAUAAACCGGUGAAACCCGUU